CAGAAUAUCUGCGGUCUGUGUGGACACGGUAUUCAUUCCCAUGUCGACUACGUUUCGAUGGUCGUCAAUCAUCAUCCCGCGACUCAGUGUGCGGCGUAUGUCCAAAAGACGCCUCUGACUCAGCGUUGCACGUGUGAAGCUCAGCUUUGCGACCACAUCGCUAUCGAUAACCCGUAUCGUUCUGCAGAACCAUGGGCCAUUUUGGACUACUUCACGGACAACAAUGGCCCUUCUUCUGGUGUCAACGCGACCAGCUUUUACAACAACGCCAUCAAUGUGCCGUUCACGCCAAACUCCGUGCUCUUUCCAUCCGCCAGUUCCCACACCGACACCUUUUUUCACGACACGAACCUCAUGCCAAUCAAUGCUGCGCCUGUUCUCUCUCCCAGUCCCAACCACGCAUUCAGCCCUUCCCGUGACGCGGGGAACAUUCCCCUCACUUCUACGUCCAUCUCUUCACCUUCUGCUAGAAGUAGCUCAUCCAGCAAUCAAUCUUAUAUCGUUCAGACCCAGGCUUAUGGCUCAGACGAUUACUUCGUUCAAUUCCCGGACCAUUUCAUGAACAACUCCUAUGCUUUUCAGUUAGAUGGCAGCGCGACGGAUGAAAACUUGUAUGACCAGAAUGUGAUCUACGGUCCGAUGCCCGAGGACUGGUCAGGUCCACACACUUAGUUCAUAGCUGCGACAGCAUCUUGACGCUUCCUUUCAUCCUCCAAAUUUUCGGCGUCUUCAACUCACUUACACCUAUCCAUCAAUGAUCAUCCAAAAAAUCUCAUUCUUAUGUUCUCUCCGCUCGACUCUUUCUUUACCAGUUAAAU